AUGGUCAGGGGGCUGAAAGCCAAUGUGUCCCAGGAGACAAACGCGGUGAACUCCAGUCCAUCCUCACUGCAGGAGGUGUGCUUUAAUCUUUCCCAACUCAAUAAUCUUGACCCAGAACAGGUGUCCCAGCUGGCACCGGCAUGGCGGGAGGCCUUCACUGUCCCCCUCUCUGCCUCUGUCACGGUGCAGGCUUGGACGGACCCAAUGUCCAGGAAACUGGAGCUGGAUGAAGCCUUGCUGGAGAUGCUGGUGGUGGAUGCCCAGCCACUGAGCAUUGUGGAGAAUGUAGGGUUCAAGGCCUUUGUUAAUCUCCUGGAUCCUACAUAUGUUAGACCUGGGAGGAAGACCUUGAAGGCAAUGCUGCAGAGGAAAUAUGAAGUCACCAAGGAGAAGGCUAUGGCUGAGCUCGGGAAGGCAUCCACAGUAAGCUUGACUGCAGACAUGUGGACCUCUAUAAACAUGGAUGCCUACUUGGCAGAAACAUGCCACUAUGUCACUGAAGAGGUCAAGCUUUCCACUGUGCUUUUAGGAGGGAGGAAGUUCCCUGACACGCACACAGCAGCUAACAUCGCUGAAGCAAAGUCAGCCCUAAUGACAGACUGGGGAAUUACAGGGAAGGUACAAGGAGAUGGGGUUCUGCAGUGCAAACUCGUCUCAGCCUGUAGUGGAGAGACUCACCAGGGAAUGUGCAAACAUCAUUCCACCACCAUCAUCACAGGAGUCUUCAGAGCAGGAGGACAAUCUCUGGGGCCUGCUUGUCAGCCACAUUGGCACACAACGUGUUUCUAACACAAUAGCCAGUGCCAUUGCAGAGGUCCAGAGGUAUUUGAAAGACACACAUUGCCUAGGUCAGAGGACCCUCUUAAAUACUGGAAAAGGGACCAACUUGUAUUUCCAAAUGUUUUUCAAAUAGCCAUGCACUAUCUGUGCACUCCAGCAUCCUCAGGUCGAUUUAAUCACUUUAUGUACGCAGAUGAUUUGGUCAUUUUUAACCCAUAUAGUGUUGGUCUCCAACAGCUUCUGAGAAUAUGCAGUACAGUAUGGUGCUGAUUUUGAUAUAAAAUACAAUGCCAAAAAGAGUAUAUCAUGAUUAUUAGAAGUAGAGAAGACAAACAGUCAACCUUCCCUGACUUCUAUCUGUCUGGCACUGCACUUCUAUCUGUCUGGCACUGCAUAUUUGGGCCAUAUUAUUGCAAAUGACCUGUCUGAUGAUAAAGAUAUCUA